CAUGUCGUGUACGGGGUCUGUAGGUGCACUUCUGCGGAGUGUGAGACAGCGGGCGGGUCGGGAGCGGAUCCGCAGUGCAGCUGGUAUACUGGGAGCGGGCAGUACCAGGCUGUACCGCAGCAGCAGUGGUGCAGAAGCUGCGGAUCGAGGACCAGGCGGUUGGUACACUGUGGAUUUGCGCAGUGAUACAGUAACUGUACCCGGAACGGCAAUGCGCAGCGCCAUGGCACAGGCCCGAGUCGGGGACGAUGUGUUCGGGGAAGAUCCCACCGUCAAUGAGCUGCAGGAAAUAGCAGCAGAUAUGUUUGGCAUGGAGGCAGCUUUGUUUGUACCCACAGGGACCAUGAGCAACCUUAUUGCAGUUAUGGUGCACUGCAGAGAGAGGGGGGAUGAGGUUAUAUUGGGGGAUCUCUCUCAUAUACACGUCUAUGAGCAGGGUGGGAGUGCGCAGCUCGCUGGAGUUCACUCCACCACUCUCACAACUCUGGCUGAUGGAACAUUUGAUCUAGAGCAGCUGGAAUCAAAGAUCCGUCAUGGUUACCCCGAUGCCCACUACCCUCGCUCUCGCCUGGUGUGUGUCGAAAACACACACAACAUCAUGGGUGGACGAGUCCUCCCUCUGUCUUUCCUGCAGGAGCUACACUCACUAGCUGACAAAUAUGGACUUGCUGUUCAUAUGGAUGGUGCAAGGCUAAUGAAUGCAGCAGUGGCACAGGGUGUGCAUCCUUCAGUCAUACUUAAACACUGCCACACUGUUAGUGUGUGUCUGUCCAAGGGAUUGGGGGCACCAGCAGGGACCAUACUUGCUGGGUCCAAGGACUUCAUCCAGAGAGCAGUGCGUGCUCGUAAAGCAUUGGGUGGUGGAAUGCGCCAGUCAGGCAUUUUAGCAGCAGCUGGAAAGAUUGCCUUGUUAGACAUGGUGGCUAGACUGAAAGUGGACCACACGAAUGCCAGGUACUUUGCUAAAGGUCUGGCAGAGUGUGAUCCACCUCUUUAUCAGGUGGACGUGUCUGCGGUUGAUACCAACAUAGUGCGCUUUAGUUUGCGAGCUUCUGGGCCAAGUCCUGAUGAGUUCUGUGAGCUGAUGGAGAAGGUGACUGAAGAGGAGGUGAAAGCUCUGGACCGAGGUGUACAGGUGCUGAUGUUCCCUCAUGUUGGAGGCACCGUGAGAGCUGUAUGGCAUCUGGGCAUUAGCGAGGAGGACACUCAGCUAGCUAUAAAGAAAGCCCAUUUUGUGGCCCAACAGAUUAGUCUAAAAUCAGCAUUAUAAAACGGAUAGUUCCGGUCCUAAAAUCUGAUUGGCUGAGCCGCGUUCGAAGCCGUUGUAAAAUCCCAGAUAAACGCACACCUAUGACCACCUCACAUCAUUCCAUAUUAAUACGCCACUGAAAAGAAAAAGUUAAUGUUAUGUUCGCCCUCAUGUUGCCUAGCAACACUGUUAAUCGAACUGCCUUGUGUCGCGGAAGAAUGCUUUAUUGUAAGUUUAUACACAAUAAAUACAUUUAUGAAUUAAA